CCUGGCGGGGCGCUGGGGCGGCCCCGGCCGCGCAGCCCCGCGGCGGCUCGGCUCGGCUCGGCUCGCCCCGGCCGAGCAUGGAGCAGUAGCAGCACGGCGCCCAGCCGCUCCGUCCCGCCGGCCAUGGGUGCGGAGCGCAGAGCGGAGGCGGCGGCAGCAGCAGCACCCCGCGGUGCUUGCGCCUGUGGCGGCGGCGGCAGCUGGCGGCUCUUCCUCGGCUUCUUUGCGCUGUCGCUGGCGCUGCACGUCCUGACGCUGGGCUGUUACCUGGAGCUGCGCUCCGAACUCCGCCGCGACCGAGGCCCGCAGCCCGCGGCAUCCCCGCGGCGGGACGGGACGGCGGCGGCAGCUCCGGGCUCCCCGGUCACCGGUCGCCCGCAGCGCCCCGCCGAGGGCGGGGACCGCCGCCAGCAGCUGGCCUUGCUGAACUUCUUCCACCCUGAAGAUAAGCUGCACGCUGGAGAAGAAGGCCGCAGGGUCCGUCGCAAUAAGAGGAGUAAAGGCAGCGAAGGGCCGGAGGGUCCAAGCUCAGUGAAAAACAAGAAGAAGGGUAAGAAGGCUGGUCCUCCAGGGCCCAAUGGUCCCCAAGGGCCACCAGGUCCUCCUGGGCCCCAGGGUCCCCCCGGCAUUCCUGGCAUCCCGGGGAUUCCUGGCACAACUGUCAUGGGACCACCCGGCCCCCCUGGCCCACCGGGCCCUCAGGGACCACCUGGGCUGCAGGGCCCCUCAGGUGCCACAGACAAGGCUGGCUCCAGAGACAUCCAGCCAGCUGUGGUCCACCUCCAAGGCCAAGGCUCAGCAAUCCAAGUCAAAAAUGAUCUUUCAGGUGGAGUCCUCAAUGACUGGUCUCGCAUCACUAUGAACCCCAAGGUGUUUAAGCUGCAUGCCCGCAGUGGGGAGCUGGAGGUACUGGUGGACGGCACAUACUUCAUCUAUAGUCAGGUAGAAGUAUACUACAUCAACUUCACAGAUUUCGCCAGCUACGAGGUGGUGGUGGACGAGAAGCCCUUCCUGCAGUGCACUCGCAGCAUCGAGACCGGCAAGACCAACUUCAACACCUGCUACACGGCCGGGGUGUGCCUGCUGAAGGCCCGGCAGAAGAUCGCCGUGAAGAUGGUGCACGCCGACAUCUCCAUCAACAUGAGCAAGCACACGACGUUCUUCGGGGCCAUACGCCUAGGGGAGGCGCCGGCGUCCUAGGUGAACUCGGCGUGCCCGAGGGGCGGAGGACCCGCGCGCGGGGAGCGAGCUGCUGUGCAUGGGCGUAUCAGUAUUUCAGGGGGUUCUGUAAUCCGGCCAUCAAGAGCAAAAAAAACCAAAACUGAUCCAGAAGCUAUUUAUUCCUCGAUGUGAAGGCAGGAAGCACAAAGUUUGUCUUCUGUGACUCGCGUGGAGACUUGGCUUAGCUGGAGCGGCGCGGUGGUGAAGCGGGCAGGCUGGCGGCGCCUGCCCCGUCUCAGUAUUUCAAGUGUUACUGCACUGAUGCUCUGCUCUGUGGUCCUCGCAGGAGGCUCGUGGAGAGCGGUGUGGGCCUCUGCUUUUAUGUUGCACUAGCGAGAGCAGCCCGGGCGGCAGCGGGGGAAGGCAAAGACUGCUGUGGCCAAAUUGUCCUGUUCUGCACACUGACGAAUUCAAGGAAGGGAGGGCUCUGGUUUUGGGCCUUGCCAGUUGGAGCUGGGAGGGCCACGGGGUGCCAAGGGAGGUUGGGUAAAGACGGAGUCGGUGGUGUUUACAUUCAUCCUCAGGAGUGCGAGCCAGGAGGGCAGGGUUGCCUCUGCCUAGAGCUCGGAAGCAGGCUGCAAGAGAGGAGAGGAGGAGUCCUUCGUAGAGCAGGCUUAGUGGCUAGGAAGCUGCCUCCACACUGCAGAAGUCACCCCCAGUCCCCACGAGAAGGCUGACCACCGGUUCCAGCGCCUCUGCUCCUUUCAGCUCCUGCCAUUACCCCAGAGGUAGACCUUGCCCUCACCGGGGCUGCCUUAAACUUACUGCUGCUGUUCCAGCGACCUGUGUUUUGUCAGGGGUUUUGUCUGGGGUUGGGGUUUUGGUUUG